AUAAAAUUAAUCACUUAAAACAACUGUUACUUUUAUAUACCUUUCAUUAAAUAUUUAAUUUAAUACCUUAAUUUGAAGGGUGUUUCUUGUGAGGUUUGAAGCGGAGGCGUAAAAUCUUCUAUGUUCUUAUUAAAAAAUUAAACACAGUAUAAUAGGUAAUUUAUGGAACCCACACUUCUCUUUUACCAUUUAAACACAGUUUGAGGUACCGGUAAAGCUUACAAGUAAGGUAACAUUAGAAGUGCGAAUUAUUUCAUUUAUAAACCUUACAUUUCCUCUAUUGUUAGUCGAUAUAGGGCAUAACCACUCACACUUGAAUCCAUUCGUUUUUGUUGUAAAUGAUAAGAUUUAGUCGAGGGAAACUAAUCUAUCUAUCUUGUAUCUCAAGCUUCACAACAAGGAAACCAUUGUCAUUGUCUCUCAUAUCAAAUCUUCCUACGAGCUUUCAUAUUUUAAGCAACCUAUCCUUCAUGACUUUGUAUCGCAAGCUUUUUCCCAGCACCUUAACAUUAUAGCAUCCUUUCACGUUGAGCACUCAUCAAGAUGCACUCUAGGUAGUAACCAAUUUCUCUCUUCAUGAUCGAUGUAAACUAAUUUUUGAGCUAUAAGAUCAACCUUUUCUCUUGUAAUAGCCACAAUUUCAUUUAGUCCCAUGAACACAUCUCAAAAUGAUAUACAUUGACCUUCUCCUCCACGACUAUCAUAUGGCUUUUGGUCACAUCCCCAAAAGAGGGGGAGAAUAAAUCUAAAGUCACUUCACCAAGACAUUGAAGUUACAAUGCAACCCUACUCAACAACUUCGCACUGGAUCCAAGCCACGAGUUGCUGGCUACGAUUAGAUGUCAUUAGAGAGCCUCACACAUUCCACGUCAAAAUAGCAGGGGGUAUACAUAACCGUCUCUCAUAUAUAAGGCAUCACAUGUGAAAUCUAAGGUAUUCUCUAAACCAUAACUCAUAUUAUUCCUCAUUUUCUUGUUGACUUGGAUAUUUGAAUGAUAACCUUACAGAUCCUUCACAUGCCGUUGCAUCGGAGAUCUGCUCCCCGCAUCAAGACUCUAAUUUAUCAUUCCACUAACUAUUUGGUUAGAACGUGUGGAUCUUCUUAACUAUAAGAUUUUCCUUCUAGUGAUUUUUUAUUUAAUUUAUCAAGUUUUAUUUUUUGUUGGGUUGGGCACCGUUAUCAACACAUUUAAUUAUUUCCCACACUUUCCAACGCCUAAUUUAACUUAUAUUAGAAACAUUCUCUUCACAAGUGAGAAUCAAACACUACACAUAACAUAGAAACAGCAACCAUUUCCUCCUAGAACCAGAAACUAAAAGCUAAGAGAGCCAUGGCAGAUUUGGUAGAAAGCAAAGAAUGGUACUUAGCUGCAUAUUGCCCUGAAGGUGUUCCAACCUCAAAUCAUCUCAAACUCCGCACGGUCUCUCUUUCUCUCAACUCUGAUUCAAUCCCUGAUAAUCACCUACUAGUUGAAACUCUUCUUCUCUCCGUCGACCCUUAUCUUCGAGGAAGAAUGACCGGCUCCUUAGAGGGCCUUUUCAUUUCACAAUAUCAACUUAACCAGGCUAUUACAGUAUUUGCAGUUGUAAGGGUGAUUAGAUCAAAAGAUAGUAGAUACAAUGAGGGAGAUAUUGCUUUGUGUCCAUCUUCUCCUGUGGCUGAGUAUGCUAUUGUGCCAUCUUCUCAAAUAGCUAGAAAAAUUGAUACUAAAAAUGGGAUUUCUUUGUCUGAUUAUCUUGGUUCUUUAGGAGUUCCGGGGUUUGCAGCAUGGGUUGGAAUAGAGGUGCUUGGAGAUCCAAAGGCAGGAUCAAAUGUGUUCAUAUCUGCUGCUUCAGGAGCUGUUGGUAUGAAUGCUGGUCAGCUUGCUAAGAUUAGAGGAUGUAGAGUCAUUGGAAGUACUGGCUCUGAUGAUAAGGUAAAACUCAUCAAAGAAGAAUUUGGAUAUGACGACGGAUUCAAUUACAAUAAAGAGACAGAUUAUGAUGCUGCUUUAAGCAAGUAUUUCCCUAAUGGUAUUGAUGUUUACCUUGACAACGUUGGUGGUAAAAUGCUUGAAGCUGUACUUAACCAUGUCAACAAGCAUGCUAGAAUUCCACUUUGUGGAAUGAUAUCUCAAUAUAAUAAAGUUUGGACUGAAAGAGAAGGGGUUAGGAAUCUUCUGAAUAUGGUGGGAAAGGAGGUGAGGAUGGAAGGUUUUAUGCUAGAAUCAUAUUGGCAUCGUUUUGGAGAUUUUGCUAAAGAUAUGGAAAGAUAUAUACAAGAAGGAAAAGUUAAGUCCAAGAGUAAAAUCAAUAUUGGAAUUGAGAGCUUUUUGGAGAGUUUCAAUUCCUUAUUCUCAAGCUCUAACAUUGGAAAAGUUGUUGUUCAAGUCAAGGCAUAGUGUCCAAACAGUAAAAUGUGUAAGCAUAUGCUUGAUCAUAAUGUUUGUAUUAUUAGCGCGAGUGUUGGACCAUUUUUUUUCAUUUCAUAUUUCCCCUUUGUUUCAAGCUUUUCUCUUAAGAAUGAAUAUGUAAAAUAUACUAUGCAAUUCAAGUUUAAACCUCCAAGAGUUGACUUAGUGGUGCAGCCUUUGGUUUUAAGACUGUGUUUCUUCCAAUGUCUCAAGUUUGAAUCUUGUUAGGUGCAAACAAUUUUUGCCUUGGGCCAUGUCAA